CCCGGACCGCCUUCCCUCGCGCUCCCCAAAACCUUCCGUCCUCCUGUUCUUUCUUCCCCGUUCCCUCGUCCGCAUCCCUCUCUUCUCCAUCUCACAAACUCCCAUCCGCAUCUCAACGCAACAACAGUCUUCUUUUUCGGUUCACUCCAGAAAAGGACCUCAACCCUGCGUUUCUCUCCCCACGGUCUUUCUAUCCUCCUUUUGACACUUCGCUUACGCGAAGAUCAACAACUGCCCUCAGACACUUGCACACUCUCUUCACCUAGCAAACAUGUCCUACGGCGGCGGAUACGGCGGCGGCGGUCGCGGCGGCGGUGGCGGCUACGGAGGAGGUGGUGGUGGCUACGGCGGUGGUCGCGAUCGCAGUGACAGAGGUGGUCGCGAUGGCGGCUACGGCGGUGGUGGUUUCAACGGUGACAGCAACGGCUACGGUGGUGGCGGUGGUGGUUACGGUGGUGGUGGUUACGGCGGCGGCGGCGGCGGCGACCGCAUGAACAACCUUGGCGCCGGUCUUCGCACGCAAGAAUGGGACAUCAACACGAUGCCCAAGUUCGAGAAGUCUUUCUAUAAGGAGCACGAUGAGGUCGCCAACCGCAGCCCCGAGGAUGUCGAGGCCUUCCGCCGCAAGCACCAGAUUGCCAUUGCUGGCAGCGAUGUUCCCAAGCCUGUCGAGACCUUCGACGAGGCUGGAUUCCCCAGAUAUGUCAUGGACGAGGUCAAGGCCCAGGGCUUCCCCGCUCCCACCGCCAUUCAAUCCCAGGGUUGGCCUAUGGCUCUUUCCGGUCGCGACGUCGUCGGUAUUGCCGAGACUGGUUCCGGAAAGACGCUUACCUACUGCCUUCCCGCCAUCGUUCACAUCAACGCCCAGCCCCUCUUGGCCCCCGGCGAUGGUCCCAUCGUCCUGAUCCUUGCUCCCACCCGUGAGCUUGCGGUCCAGAUUCAGCAGGAGAUUUCCAAGUUCGGCAAGUCUUCCCGCAUUCGCAACACUUGUGUCUACGGUGGUGUCCCCAAGGGCCCCCAGAUCCGCGACCUCUCCCGCGGUGUCGAGGUCUGCAUUGCAACUCCCGGACGUCUCAUCGACAUGCUCGAGGCUGGCAAGACCAACUUGCGUAGAGUCACCUACCUGGUUCUCGACGAGGCUGAUCGCAUGUUGGAUAUGGGUUUCGAGCCCCAAAUUCGCAAGAUUAUCGGCCAGAUUCGCCCCGACCGUCAGACCCUCAUGUGGUCCGCCACUUGGCCCAAGGAGGUCCGCGCCCUUGCCUCCGACUUCCUCACCGACUUCAUCCAGGUCAACAUCGGCUCCAUGGAGCUGGCUGCCAACCACCGCAUCACCCAGGUUGUCGAGGUGGUCAACGAGAGUGAGAAGCGUGAUCGCAUGAUCAAACACCUCGAGAAGAUGAUGGACAACAAGGAGAACAAGGUUCUCAUCUUCGUCGGCACCAAGCGUGUUGCCGACGAGAUCACUCGCUUCCUUCGCCAGGAUGGAUGGCCCGCGCUUUCCAUCCACGGUGACAAGCAGCAGAACGAGCGUGACUGGGUUCUGGACCAGUUCAAGACGGGCAAGAGCCCUAUCAUGGUCGCUACCGACGUCGCGUCGCGUGGUAUUGAUGUUCGCAACAUUACUCACGUGCUGAACUACGACUACCCCAACAACUCGGAGGACUACAUCCACCGUAUCGGCCGUACCGGUCGUGCUGGUGCCUUGGGUACCGCCGUUACCUUCUUCACCACUGACAACUCCAAGCAGGCUCGCGACCUCGUCAACGUCCUCAGGGAAGCCAAGCAGGAGAUCGAUCCUCGUCUUGCUGAGAUGACCCGCUAUGGCGGCGGUGGUGGUGGUGGUCGCUACGGCGGCUGGGGCCGUGGCCGCGGUGGUGGCCGUGGCGGUGGCGGUGGUCACAAUUCUAACAACGCCCCCCUAGGUGGUGCCCGACGCUGGUAAGAACCUUGCCUAUUGGUUUAUUCCAACGGCUCGGUAAUUCAUCAUCAUGCGGCGGCAACUUGCGCAAUUCAUCAUGCAACAUCGGCGUUCACGUAGACGGGAGGGUUUAGAUUCGAGGUACACGGGGAUACCGUGCCUAUGGCCCCUUCAGUCUGGUAUUUUCCCCACGACUUUUUUCCUUUAUCGUGUUUCUGUAUUUGCCCAUAUCGGUUUUGGGACUGUGUGCGAUAUCAUCUUUCAGGCAUGGCCAAACGUGGAUCAGGUUGAACAAAAGUUUAAGAGGCAACGAGUACGACACGACGAACGGUGUCGGGGAUAGCAUUAGAGACCUUCGUUGGGUCCAGUUACUUGCUCGACAGGUGAAGACGGCAUUUGAUAGAUGACUGUGUAUACCAGGCACUGGCCCUGUCGAGGGUGUCGGUAGUAAUAGGUCAACCAUUCUACGAUGCAACACUUGUGUUUG